UUUAAUGACACCAACCAGAGCCUACUUAGUUUAGAAUUUCAGAAAUUAGAUGGUAGAAAAGCCAGCAUGAAGUCUGCAGGUUUACUUUGUCUCCUUCUGCUUAUCGUUUGUCAAACUGACUUUGGACAAAAUGAAGAGGCACCUAGAAAGCAGCGGAGGAAGAUGUACUACAGAAGACCGAGGGGUAGCUCCUCGCCCGCCCGCAGGUCCGGUAGGCAGCUGGGGCUCCAGCAGACGACAGUCACACCCACAGCAACACGUCCCAUGCUGAAUCUGGACUACAGCACAGAGGAAAAGUUUGACUCCUUUUUAGGUUUUCUUGGAGUAGAAUCAAGUUAUAACGUGCUACCAGGAAAGAAGGGGCACUGUCUGGUAAAUGGGAUGACCAUGUACAACAAAGCUGUAUGGUCUCCUGAGCCGUGCACUACCUGCCUCUGCUCAAAUGGAAAGGUGCUAUGUGAUGAAACUGUGUGCCCCCCUCUGACGUGCCCCCAUACCGUCACACCUGAAGGAGAGUGCUGCCCAGUCUGCGUGGAUACUGAACAAAAAGAAUCGACCAACUUACCUCGUAAGCAACUGCCACUUCAUCGGGUGGAAACGGAUCCAGUGUUGCAAAAAGAGGAAAUUCAAUUUGAGGAGGAUGAAGAGGAAAUUAACGAAGAUAAAGAUAAGGAACAGAAGAAACAGACCCCUGGCCCCAGAGAGCAGGGGAGACCCCUCACUGAGGGGUGGAGCAGAGAAGGGGGAGAGCAGAGACCCCUCGAGGAGGGGAGGCAGGCCCAUCAACGAGGACAUCCAGGAAGGGAGGAAGAGGAGGAGGAGGAGGAGGGGGAAGAUGGGGAGGAGGAGGAAGAUGAGGAGGAGGAGGAGCACGAUGACAUCAUCAGAGGAGACGUGUUCAGGAUGCCCUCGAGACCCCAGGGCUCCCCCACUCCCAGACGCAGGCCGCCUCUACCCAGCGGGUGCUCUCUGUCCUAUAGGACCGUCAGCUGCAUGAGCGCGGGCCUCACGCAGAUGCCACCGCUGACGGCACCGGAGAUAACAAGCCUGGAGCUCGCUGGCAAUGCCAUCACCUCCAUUCCCGAUGAAGCAUUUAAUGGACUGCCGAAUUUGGAAAGGCUCGACCUGAGCAAAAAUAGUAUCACCUCCCCGGGCAUAGGGCCCAAAGCAUUCAAGCUUCUGAAGAAGUUACUACGCCUGAAUAUGGAUGGGAACAAUCUGGUAGAGAUUCCUCCCUUACCAUCUGCAUUAGAAGAACUUAAGAUCAACGACAACAGUCUUCAGGCUAUCAGUGAAGAGAGCUUAUCUGACCUAAAUCAACUGGUCACCUUAGAACUGGAAGGAAACCAUCUCAGUGAAUCCAACGUCAACCCUUUGGCUUUUAAAUCUUUGAAGAGCUUAUCCUACCUGCGUCUGGGAAGAAAUAAAUUCAGAAUUAUACCACAGGGACUUCCUGCUUCUAUUGAGGAAUUAUACCUGGAGAAUAACCAAAUUGAAGAAAUAACCGAGAUUUGUUUCAAUCACACCAGGAAGAUCAAUGUCAUUGUGCUACGAUUUAAUAAAAUUGAAGAAAACAGGAUUGCUCCUUUAGCCUGGAUAAAUCAAGAAAAUCUCGAGUCCAUUGACCUGUCCUACAACAAGCUCUACCACGUCCCCUCCUACUUGCCCAAGUCACUGUUGCACCUCGUGCUCCUUGGGAACCAGAUCGAGCGCAUCCCUGGCUACGUGUUUGGCCACAUGGAUCCAGGCCUGGAGUACCUGUACCUGUCGUUCAACAGACUCUCUGAUGAAGGCGUGGACCGAGUCUCCUUCUACGGGGCAUACCAUUCUCUGCGAGAGCUGUUUCUGGAUCACAAUGACUUAAAAUCUAUACCACCUGGGGUACAAGAAAUGAAAGCACUUCAUUUUCUGAGGCUGAACAACAACAAGAUACGGAAUAUUCUUCCAGAACAAAUUUGCAAUGCUGAAGAAGAUGGUGAUUCAACCCUGGAACAUCUUCAUCUUGAAAACAAUUAUAUUAACACAAGAGAAAUAUCAUCCUAUGCAUUUUCAUGUAUAAGAUCAUAUUCAAGUAUAGUUCUUAAACCACAAAAUAUCACAUAAUUCCAAGUUUUUAUUCAUCACUUACAAACUGUACUCCUGUAUUUAUCCCAGUAGUAUCUGUCAUCAAUAAGUGAGACCCAACCCACAGAGAAACAACCAAAACACACACUGAGUUUAGUUUUCCAGCAGUCUUAGUGAGAAUUCAGCUUUACACUAUAGAAAAAAGCCCUCUCCUGCAACUUUUCUCAAGAGAACAAGAAGAUGUUAUUUGCUGCUGAAUUAGAUUGGGGAAAUCUGGAGCAAAAUAAGUAUGUCCUUUACAGCAAACCUGAGUAUUGCUUUUAGCUAGGCUCUAAGUCCCUUUAAAAAUUACAUGUUAAGGUCCAAGACCAAGAAGUGUAUGGCAGGAAAAAAUAACAGGUGGAAUUUAUAAAUUAAUGUUCUGUUUAUUAUCCUACUGUUAAAGUAAUAUAUUAAUUUUCUAUCAGAUCCUAUGCUACAAUUAUUGGUAUAAUGAUGCUUAGUGACUGGCUUUGCUUGGUUCCUUUUUUCAUCCCACAUAUAAAAUUAAAACACUCCUGUCAUGUUAAUUUCCUGGCUGUGAGGACUGGAGGGAGUAUGGUUAUAUGCUGCCUAUUAACAUUAGAGGAAGCUAGAAGAAGGGCAUAUGUGAAUUCUAUACUAUUUUUGAAACUUUGCUGCAAAAUCGAAAAUUUCUGUGUCAGUUUAAAAGAUUUAACAGUAUUUUAAGAUCCUCAUUAUUCUUUAUUCAAGAUCAAAAGAUUUUAUGGAAAGUAGUGGACUUUGCUUAAAAAUGUGUUCACCGUCCAUAACGACAACCUUAUAAACCUGAGGCAUACAUUUUUGAAAAUUUUUGGUCCAAUGGUUACUGUUAGCAACUACCUUCUUUGAAUGUGCUUGAAAGUGAACUUUUAUUCAGUUCAGUUUAACAUAAAGCUAUUAGUAUUUACUAUGUACUGGAACCUACCAAACAUAUAUAGUAUUAAAAUUUUUAUUAUGUAA